AUGAGCGGUCCUUGCCUGGGGCUGCGCAGGGCCGGGGUCCUGCUGUCCUUGGGCGCCGCCGCCCUCUUGCUGUUGCUGCUGCCGCGGGGGCAGCGCCCCGCCGUGCCCCGUCCGCCGCCCGCCGCCGGGCCCAGUGCUGCCCCGCCGCAUCGCGCGGGCCCCGAAGGCUCUGCCGGAGCGCCGGGCGGCGGGGCCGGGGCCGGCGGCCUUGGAGGAGGCCUCGAGGGUAGCCCGCAGCUUGCGCGGAGGGGCCGCCUCCGGGCUGCCGGCAGCUCGGCCAGGGAGAGCCUAGAGCUGAAGGACAUCUUUAUUGCGGUGAAGACCACGAGGAAAUACCAUAAGAGCCGGCUGGACUUGCUCCUCCAAACCUGGAUCUCCCAGGCGAGGGGACAGACAUUUAUAUUCACGGACUGGGAGGAUCGGGAGCUACGCCUGAAAGCAGGGGAUCAUGUGAUCAACACCAACUGUUCUGCUGUCCAUACCCGGCAAGCUCUCUGCUGCAAGAUGUCUGUGGAAUAUGAUAAAUUCCUGGAAUCUGGGCAAAAAUGGUUUUGCCACGUGGACGAUGACAACUAUGUGAACCCUCGGACUCUCCUACAUCUCUUGUCUGCAUUCUCACACAGCCAGGAUGUCUAUGUGGGGCGACCGAGUCUGGACCAUCCCAUCGAAGCAGCUGACCAUGUCCAAAGUGAUGGAUCAAAGACAACUGUGAAAUUCUGGUUUGCCACCGGUGGAGCUGGGUUCUGUAUCAGCCGAGGUCUUGCCCUGAAGAUGAGUCCCUGGGCUAGCCUGGGCAAUUUCAUUAGUACUGCAGAAAGAGUGCGUCUUCCUGACGACUGCACUAUUGGCUACAUCAUCGAAGGGCUGCUGGAGGUAAAGCUGCUACACAGCCCGUUGUUCCAUUCCCACCUGGAAAAUCUGCAGAGACUGCAAGGCGAGUCUGUGCUGCAGCAGGUAACCCUGAGUUACGGUGACCCUGAGAACAAACACAAUGUUGUGAGUGUGGGAGGAGUGUUUGGCCUUCAGCAAGAUCCAACCCGAUUUAAAUCUGUCCAUUGUCUGCUUUAUCCUGACACUAUUUGGUGCCCUGCUAAGAAGAUGUCAUAAUUCUUGACCAGCACUGAGAACUGUGUCUUAGCUAGUUUGCAUAAGGCAGGAAUUGUGGAGUUUCUUGGGAUAGCCUUCUUCUUCUGGGAGACAACCAGUUGUAUUUAUAAAGGAGGUAGACAGAUUCUGUUUAGAAAAGCAGUAAGGUGUGGUUUGUUCAGCUGCAGCCUGGGACAUUCCAAGAAGAAUGUUUGUUCUUUUGUCUAGUGGCUCUUCAUAAGAUGAUCACAGUCCUGUCUGUAUGAGUCACUUCACACUUUCAUCUGAUAUCAUGUGAACCUGUGCUUGGACACAUCUGAGGCAAAUGCAGUACUGGGAGUGAGAAUGUUCUUCCUACCCUUAGGGGUUGUUAGAAGCCACUGUCUUGAAGCUGGAGUGCUAGAGCAGACUGUAGUCCCCAUGGUGACAAGAGAAGGGAAGUUUUCACUCAUCUUUCUUGGGAACAGAAUUAUUUAAGAGCUUCUGUGGCCUGCCAGAUUAACAUUCCAAUGGGCCAGAAUACAGAAGUCCUGGAAUCACUAGGGUAAACAAGGCUGAAAGACUUUCUCAUGAGAAAACCCUGUAUGAGGGUAAGCUUACUGAGGACUGGAUAAGUUGCUUACAAUGUACAUUCUCCCCUGUCAUCCAUGUGUACCUCCUGUGGAGGUAAUUGUCCAACCUGGCUCUCAUGCCAACUGAAUCGCAAUGGUUGAUGAUUAUGAUCUAUUCCCUUGAUUUUGAUAUUGAAGAAAUAUUAAGUCUGAUAAGAUGGUAAUUGUUCCUCCCACUUGGCCAGUAGUUGGUCAACGUGAUUUGGAGAAGCUUGUGCUGGCAACACACGCCCUGUUUCUGAAACAGUGUGAGGAGGGAGGAAUACUGAGUAGGGUUUUGAUGGUAUCAUUUGAGGACCUGUAAUUGUAUGACCAUGUUUACUUCUUCAGAUAAUCUUUUAAUUACCAUAAAGUCAAGAUCAGUGUUCCGUUUUUACUCCUUAAUAUUUCAACAAAUAGUUCAUGCAGUCACUAAAAGGAGAUUACACGCUCACAAGCAGAAGUUCAGUAUUCUAGCAGUAUCACCUGCUGCUGCUUUUUAAAGAAAGUAAACUUAGUUUUGAAAGUGGAAGGAAUGGGCCUCCACGCGUUUACUUUUUUAUUAGCCCGGACUUUGGCUAUGUGCAAACCCUACCUGACCUGAAGAAUACCUUAAAAAAAUACCUUUGCAAAAUCAUUGUUUACUCUUGUACAAAAUACUCGCUGGUUUACUGCUAGAGUAUGAGGCCAAAUUAAGGGAAGAAUAAUGGAAUGCCAUUGUAUGGUCUGGAGCUGUGAUUACUGGCCUGAUUGUGGACCUAGCAGAAGUUUCAGGUUUCUAAAUGGCCGUGCUUAACUGUACUGUGGGCUUCAGCUAGUUAUUUAACUUCCUGGCAAAUGCCUGUAGUGUAUUCAAGUAGUGUAUUCACUUAGCACAGGUGUCAGCCUCCUGAAAUACACCGUGUUCCCUGCAUUUUAACAGACCUUUCAGUGUUUACCUCAAUACAUUGUCUUCUUUGCAUGUUUUUAGGUAGUUCCACUGAGGAGCAAACAAGCUGACUGCUACUUACUACAGUCCUGCAGUUCAUUUUUGUAUUUCUCCUUUCUAUCGUGUACUAAGGUACAGAUGAAGUAUGGAAAUAAGAAAGCUACAGGGAGCUGGAUCAAAGCCCACCUAGCACACUGGCUGUUCCAUAAUGGGCUGUCACUGUUACAGGUGUGCUUGUCACAGGAAACAGAAGAGUAUUUGUGGAAUAGUAGGUUCUACCUCUUUAUUAGGUCUUCUGCUAACUAGAAUCAAGGCAUCCUGUGGUUUAAUUAUUUGUCAUUAAUAGUUCUGAAGGUUCUUGCUAUCCAUUAUUUUUUUUAAAAAACACUUGUUAGGUUUUUUGUUUUAGUGUCCUGUAGCAGAAAACUGUGAAACUUCAUGAGCUCUUGAGAUGAUUUUGUCUUCAAGCACUGCUUCUGAACUCUUCUGUUGGAACUUUUCUUCCCCUCCCACUAGAAGCAGCCUCCUGUAAAAUGAUACAGACCAAGCAAGGACUGGGCAGCAAUUGUGCCAAACUGCAGUUUAAAAAUUACAACAGUUUAUAUUCAUGGCAGCAAAACUAAACGGUGGAAGUUUCACACUGUGGUCACUGGUCACACCAAGUGUGCCAAAGAGGCAGUGCCCUCAAAGCUGGGAGCAGGUUUAUGGAACUUAAAAAGGACCAUGUUCUCUUGGAGGGCAACAGGAAAUGGUUCAGUAUGUUUAGGCUCAUUCCAAGGUUUCGUGUGUUGAGAAUACAGUAAGCUGUGUGGAUCUAUCAGGACACAGCUUUUUUAUCAAACUACUUUUUCAUACAUAAAGUGACUCUAUAAAAUAAAUAUUUAAAUAUG